GUAUGUUUCCAAAGGUACACGUUCUAAGGGAGCAAGACAAACUGGUGGAACUAGUAGACCCGAGGCUUGGAACAGAUUACAACAGAGAAGAAGCAAUGGCCAUGAUCCAGAUAGGGAUUCUCUGCACCAGUCAAGUUUCGUCGGAAAGACUGUCAAUGUGUACGGUGGUGAGCAUACUAGAAGGAAGUUCCACGGUGAAUGUUGAGAAGCUUCUUGAAGCUUCCUUCAACAAAGGAAGCGAGAAAGAUAAUGAGAGCGUGAGGGCGAUGAAGAAGCAGUACGCGAUGAUAAAUGAAGAGGAGAUGAAUAUGUUGGAUCAGACUAUCAGCACCGACGGACCAUUCACGUCGUCUUCUACUUCCACGGCCAACGCCAGCGAUCUUUACCCUCUUAAGCCUGAUUCUGCUUAUUGGAACUGUAGGGCCGUUUAGUUAUGUAUUAUGUUCAAAAAAAAAAAACACUAUGAAGCAAGUAAUUGUGUCUUUUCUUUUUGUUUUCCUUUUUGUAAAAUUUACUUUUGAAUUGUGAUAAAUUUGUAUUUAAGACAAUUACAAGGUUAUGUUUCUUGAAGCA